UUCCUUCAUAUUCAAAGUCCUUAAUUUGUUCCAUUUCUUUUUUUUUCUACCUCCACGAAUUCUCUUUUUCACCACACACACAAUUUGAUCUUUAUCUAUUUAAUUCUUACACAUUAUUCCUUUAAAAAAAAAUCCUUGGCAAAUAAGGAUUGUUGUUUUAAUCGAUUUUCUUGAUAUAUAUAAAUAUAUAUACUAUAUAGUAUAAAAGACUGAUGACUCGAUCAUUCUGCUUUCCAAGAAAAUUUUGGUAAAUGGUGGCUUGAAAAGGAUGGACAAGUGUUUAUGAAAUCUUCAAUUCGCUUUUGUUUUGUUUUGUUUUUUGGUUUCCUUUGUCUGCUCUGCUUUUAAGUUUAACUUGGUUUUGAAGGGUGAUCGGCUUUUUCCACCCUUAAAUCACGGACAAAGUCUCUUUUAUUUUUAGAAAAGAAGAAAUGAAAAAAAAAAAAAAUGAUUGUGUGGAGAAUAAUUCAAACAAAACAUCGGCCUUUGAAAACCAAAGAGACAGACCGACUUUUGUUGGGAUCGAAUACAAUACCAGCGCGUGUGACCAACUAACCUCCUUUUGUUUUGCUGCUUUUUUCUUAUUCACUUUUCUUAUUUAUUUAUUUACUUUUUGUUUUGAGAAAACACCCAAAGGCUCUCUCUGUGUACAUGUUUGAUCCUUUGGUAACAAAGAUAUUAAGGAUACUUGUUACCUAGAUGGAUGGAUAUACUGGUAAAGGAGCUGUUGAUGGGCUUGUUAUACAUGUCAAGGGAUCAGGUCUCAUCUUGAAGGAUCAAGUUAAUAACAGAGAACAAAAUUCUCAAUUUUGCAACCGAAUUGGAUGCAGUGGCAGGCUGAAAUCCAUGAAAGGUACUCCAAAUGGCUGCUCAGAAAAGUUUAAAUCUUUGAGUCCUUACCGCACUUCAUCAAGUGGAAGGCAAAUGAUUGGAAGUUCCUCUAGGGCAUACUCUGCAGUUAGCAACACUAGAAAAUCCUCUACAAGUCCUCAGAAAAAGCUAUCAUCUCAGCUGGAAAGAGAUUCAUCUGAAACUAAUAGUGUUCAGGAUGAACCACAAGUGUCAGAGCUCAUACAUCCACCAGGAAAGAUUCAAAGAGGGCUGCAGUCUGAAUCUGAAGAUGCUGAUUCUAGGGAACUAACAGUAAUGGAAGUGGGAAGCACUAGUGUAGCAUCAAACAUAAGACCAAGGAGAAACUUUAUUCAGAGAUCUGGGUUAGACAACCAUUACACUCUUGCCAGUCCGUCUACUUUGGCAUGUCAAAGUGCUUCCCAGGCAACUCAUGCUAACACAAGCAGGUACGGUUUGAGAAAUCUAAGAUGUAACUCUAUUUCUGAUGUCCUGUCUGGUUGUUCAUCAUCGGAUUCAAGCCUCGGUAGAAGGAAAGAUACAGUAAAAAAGAGAAACUCUGAUGGAGUGGGCAGUUCCUUGAUCAGGGGAAAGAAGUUGAUUGGGUCAUCUUUGGAGGGACAUAACAACAGUUCUAGCCAUGGUGUUUCUAUUUCUGACUCAAGGCAAGCCAGAAAUUGGUCUCCUAACAGGGAUAUUGGAGUUGUUUCGUCAGUCAGGACUCGGAAAUCCAGCAGCAGUUAUGGUAGAUGGAGACUCCCUAAUGAAGCAAAUGGAAAUAGUUUAACUUUGGACGAGUCCCCCAUAGUCAUGCCACAAGUUUCUCAAUCUGAUAUACCUGUCGAUUUGAUUGAUCCUGUUUCCACAGAAACUGCCUCAACUCAUUCUAGUUCUUACAGUGGACCAGGUAUUACAUGUGAGAGUUCACGCAGUAUCAUGCCUUCUAGUCCUUCAGAAGUUGGCUUUAACCACACUUCAGUGAACCAGGAUAGCUUCCGGUGCUACAAUAUGGAUGGCAUUGCGGAGGUAUUAUUAGCACUUGAGAGGAUUGAACAAGAUGAAGAGUUAACAUAUGGGCAAUUACUUGUUCUAGAGACCGGCUUGUUCCUUAAUGGCCUAAACUUUUAUGACCGGUAUAGAGACAUGAGACUGGAUAUAGAUAAUAUGUCAUAUGAGGAAUUACUAGCUCUAGAAGAGAGGAUGGGUACUGUGAGCACUGCGCUAUCAGAAGAAGCAUUGUCAAAAUGCCUUAAAAAAAGCAUCUAUGAUGCAACGUCUUCAGAGGAUGAAAAUGUUAGCUGUGAUGGUAAAAAGGAUGAUGUCAAAUGUAGUAUAUGUCAGGAAGAAUACGUCAUUGGAGGUGAAGUAGGGAGGUUGCAGUGUGAGCAUAGGUAUCACGUGGUGUGCAUACAGCAGUGGCUGUUGGUGAAGAAUUGGUGCCCUAUUUGCAAAGCAUCAGCAGAAACGACGCAGUCUUCUUCGCUCACCUCAUAAUUGAGUUGAAUUUGAAUAGAAAGCAAGAGACUUAGUUUUCUUUUGUACAAAUUGGUGGCUUAUCUUCAGCAUUUUUAAAAAAAAAAUUUUAUGAUCCUAUUUAAAUAUCAAAUCCCUUUCAUGUUUGUCAACUAAUAAACCAGAUGCUCUUGGCCCUUCACUGGAACUCAUUCACCCAUAAAAGAAAUGUGAAUCAAAAUACACAUGUUACCGCUGUUCUUUGAGCGUGAUCAGAUUUUUCCUCUCUUUCUUGGUUAAUGUGAGUUAGGUGUUUGAUGAACUUAUUUUUUUCCAUUCUUAAUGGCUGGCAAAACCAAGGUCCUUUUCUUUUGUGGUUCUCUCAGACCGGUAGAUGCUAUUGGUAUUUGCUGAUAAACGGCGAUAGAGGAUCUUAUGUGAUAGUAACAGCUAUGAGCUUUAUUCCCCCAUUUUCCGCUGUAAUAAGUUAUGCCAAAUUCUGCAUAAAUUCUCGGUCAUACAAUUAAACUCAAUCCUCUGCUUGCUUCUAAUUCUAUUUUGGAC